AUGGCCACCCCAUGGACGGAAGCCGAGAAGCUCGGUCUCCUCUUCCAGAUCAUCGAGAAGGCCGGUACGAUCCCAUGGAGCGAGCUCACUCUCCCGGAAGGCCGUACUCAGAAAGCCUGUUCGGUAAUGGUUGACAAGGAGAAGCAGAAGGUCAAGAAAGCUCGUCUUGCAAAGGAGAAUGGGGAGGAGCCUGAGGCCGAUGCUACACCGAAGCCAAAGAAGCGCGCUGGUGGCAAGAAGGAUGCUGAGGGUGAUGAGGAGGAAGAUGGCAGUCCUAAGAAGAAGGUCAAGACCCCGCGCAAGAAGAAGACGGCCGUCAAGGCUGGCAAUGAUCAGGUCACUGACGAAAAGGAGAGCGGUGCUAGCGAGGAGGGCUUGCGGAGUCCUGUCAAGGGCGAGCCGGUCGAGGAGGAUUUCUAA